AUGCGGCAAUACAGGACAUACCGCAGCAACAUGUCCGGGAAACGGGAAGAUCGGGCAGUGACGGCUGUCCUCUGCUCAAUCCCCACGCCCACAGACGACAGCCUGACCAUCAUCAUCACUAUCAAAAACAAACGGGUGACCGCCCUGAUCGACACCAGAGCAACAAAAUCAUUCAUGGCGACGGACGUCGCCGAGGAAGUCGGCCUGUCUCCGCAUCCGACCAAAGCGAGGAUAUCCGCAGCAGUUCUUCACGUCUUCACGACCGUCAGUCAUGCAGUGAGUACUGUUUUUACUCUUGGAUCGGCCGCGUACGAAGCCACCUUCUUACUACUCUCCAACGCGCACUACCCUGUUAUACUCGGGCUCGACACGCUGAAGAAUCUCCCUUUCUGGGUCACCCUCGACCGCCAGCAAGUUUUUUCCGGAUUUCAACAGAUUAAACCUAUUAACGAAGCCCCGACAGCGCCGAUAGGCGAGGGCAUCACAUUUGUACAUGGCAUGCCCGCAGAGCAACAACAAAUCGCGGCACUCCUGCGGCGCUACGCCCCUAACAUCUUCCAGUGGAGCGGUAAACACGGGCUCUUCCCGCAGCACAUUGCAUCGCUACCCACCAACGGUGAAGACCCAGAACCCAGUCGCCGCAUACGGCUCUCGCCAGACAAGCGGCCAUCGUUCCAACACAUCAUCGACAAUUACACCCGCGCGGGUAUCAUAGAACCAGCCCAGUCCACCGUCAAUUCCCCGGCCUUCCUGACGCCGAAAGACGACAAUCCAAACGCCCCCGCCAUCAAGCGGUGGCGCCUGGUAGAGGAUUAUCGGGAAAUCAAUAAGGUUCUACUGGCGGACAACUACCCAAUGCCAUCCAUCAACUUUCUUGGCCACAUUGUCGACAAAACGGGCACACGCCCCACGGAAGAGCACCUCAAAGCCGUCCAGGCCUUCCCACAACCGGCAACAACACGCCAGAUGCAGCGAUUCCUGGGCCUCGCCACCUACCUACGAGCUCAUGUGCCGACCAAUUUCGCACAGUUGGAGAAAGUCCUACGACUAACAAUUCCAGUCAAACCGGCAACAGCCAUCAUAUGGUCACCGGAGGCAACUGAUGCGUUCGAAGCGCUAAAACAAGCGAUAGCAAACGCCGCUCGGCUGGAACGGUUCGACCCAGCAUGGGACACCGAGAUUCACUGCGAUGCGUCCGCAUCCGCAAUCGGGGCCAUCCUCGUUCAAAUCGACCCAGAAGGACAACCCCACAUCAUGGAGUAUGCGAGUCGGGUCCUAACCCCCGCGGAAACAUGCUACUCCAACACGCAGCAAGAGCUGCUGGCAGCGGUCUGGGCGACGACCAAAAAAUUCCGCCACUAUGUCGAACAUCGGCACUUCAAGAUUAUCACGGACCACAAGGCCCUCCUCGGGGAACUGUCCGACACACGACUCAUCAGCCUCAAGAUCAAACUGGAAUCAUUCAGUUACACGCUGCUCAAGGAAAUACCAGACGAAUCCGAACGCCAGGACAUAAUCAACGAAUACCACAUUGAAAUGGGACACCCUAGCUGGAAACGGACGUUCCACCAACUACGCCAGCAAUACACCCGGCCUGAAAUGCAAACGCAAAUAUUUAAGAGGGUCGCCGAAUGCACAAAAUGCUUCACCUUCAAUCCGGCGACAGCCACAGUGGGAACGCACCUGGAAGCCGUCCCGGCCACCGACAAACACGACCGCCUUGGGGUAGAUUUCUGGGGACCAUUCCCGCCGUCACAAACGGGCAACCGAUACGCCCUUGUGGCCGUCGACUACUACACCAAACGCGCCAUCGCGCAACCAGUGAAACGGGCGACAGCCAACUCACUCUGCAGCUUCAUUGCAGAUGUUUUCGCGCAGCUCGGAUCCUUUGAAAUCAUCCAUUCGGACGGCGCAGCGGUCUUCUCAUCCGCAGCAUUCAAACGGUUCACCAAGGCAAACCAAAUGGAAGUGCACAUCGCACAACCAUACCACCCAGAGGGCAAUGGCGCCUGCGAACGCACAAUCAAGUCCCUAACCGCCAUCCUCGCCAAAACAGCGCCAAACGCUACUUCAUGGGACCAAGUCCUGUAUGAAGCCACCAUGGCAUACAACCGGACGCCCCACUCCACCACCGGGUUGUCCCNUUAUUUCCUAAAUUAUUUGUUACCAACACAUGAAGAUAACACACACCACGAGAAGAUUUGGACUCAUUCAGUGCACUUCAAAUUUCCGUAUCAACAUGGAAAGUUCCCAAAUUUGCCCUCCAGCAGCAGCUACGCCGCGGAAACAAAAUACAGCGCACAGGCAAGCACGGCAGUUGCCCAAACAAUCCACGUCGGAUAUCAAUAA